AUGACGGGUACUUCGGCCGCUUCUAAUUUGGACGAGAGGCGCUCAUUUGCCGGGAAUCCUUUCUCUAUGAAUUUUCGAAACAGUCAAUCCGGUCGACCCUCCACGCCGCAACAUCAACUGCGCUCCAACAAUUCCUCCUUCGCGAGUACGUCGUCCGCGAGCUCGUCGUUCCGGGGGGAAGAAGAUGCAAUCAUCUUUGAGUUUGGCUCGAGAUGGCUUAGGGCUGGAUUUGAGGGUGACAGCUCUCCCAUGUGUGUCGUUGGAUGUGGCCCGGAAGAAUCUAGACGAGUCGGUGAUUACAGAGGCUGGCUGAAAGGCAGCUCUCAUACCGAUAUAUCGCGACAAUAUCCCGUCAAUGCAGAGGACUGGGCGGGCGCAUACGAACUGUGGAAGAUGGAUCUACGGGAUGUCGAUCUGGGGCUCGUGGAGGACAAGAUUGAACGGAUGUUGCGAGAGACAUACAAUACAUUCCUUUUGACGGAUGCGGGGACUUCACGACUGGUCUUGGUUUUGCCUUCGAUUAUGCCGCACCCUUUGCUCUCCUCAGUCUUGUCAACACUCUUCACCCGUUGGCGGUUUCCCAGUAUUACGCUGUUACAGAGUCCGGUCAUGACUGCGACGGCGGCUGGCGUGCGAUCGGCUCUGGUGGUGGACCUCGGAUGGGGCGAAACGACUGUGACGGGGGUUUAUGAAUAUAGGGAAAUCACAACGAAGCGGAGCACGAGGGCCAUGAAGUCUCUGCUUCAAGAGACCGGAAGGCUCAUGACUCGCCUCUCUACCAGCAGCGGGGGUGAAUCAGACGAGAUCUCUGUGGGCUUUGAAUUUUGCGAAGAAGUGGUCUGCAGGUUUGCAUGGUGUAAGCCUAGAGCAGAUCAGAAAGGCCUUUCAGGCCCGACAGAGUCCCAGGACAAAGACAGGGAAUCGACAUCCGAUGCUUCGACCGCCUCAAUGCUGCAAAAAAGCGUGUCUAUACCGUCCCCAUCAAAUCCUGGUUCAAACUAUAUGGAUGUUCCAUUCUCCAAAUUUGCCGAGCCUGUAGAGAAGGUUCUGUUUGCCGAGAAUACCGCCGAUUGCGAUUUGGACGAUGAAGAGAAACCAGUUCCCUUGCUGGUGUAUAAUGCACUUCUAGAGCUACCACCAGAUGCCCGAGGGAUAUGUAUGUCGCGCAUUGUUUUUGUUGGUGGAGGAGCUCACAUCCCAGGGAUCCGACGACGAAUCCUUGAUGAAGUAGCGUCCCUCGUUGAACAAUACGGGUGGAGUCCGGUACGUGGCAAGGUUAUCGAACAGCAGAAACAGAAGCUGCAGAGCCUGCAUCUCACUCAGCAAUCAACAACACCCUCGCAGGGCAAAGAAAAUACUGCCGAGACCCCCGGCUCGCCCACGGGCCAGGACAAACAGGGAGAGCAAGAGAAUAAGGAAAAAGAAGAAGAAAUCGACCAUAUUGAACAGAAGAUCCGACGGAAUAAUAGAGACAAAGAUAUCAAAACGCAAGUCCACGGGGUUCUGCGCGAAGUGGAAUCCCUUGGGGCCUGGGCUGGGGCCAGUCUCCUAUCGAGUCUUAAGGUUCGGGGUCUGGUCGAAAUCGAGCGGGAGAAAUAUAUUCAACAUGGUCUGUCAGGAGCCAGCCGGGACUUGGAGACCCAUGGCCAUGUUGCGGAUCGACGGUCAGGCUUACGAUCACAGGGCGAUCGGUCGAGUUGGACUUUAGCUGGAUGGGGGUAA